AUGAAGCUGAACUUCCUCCUCGCCGCUGCUUUCGUUGCCGCCCCUGUUCUGGCCGCUUCGACCACUACCACCACCCACACAUCUACUGCUACUGCCAAGGCUUCCUCAAAGUCUUCCAAGGCCGCCGCUGCCCCCACUAUGGGCGCUGAUAUGCUUGGAGUUGCUGGAGUCGCUGGUGUCCUCGCUGCCAUGGCUCUCUAG